AUGUUAUUCAUUAUAGAAAAUGCUAUAUUCACGACGAAGUUAAGCCCUCAUUCGUCCACAGAAGUCUCAGUAGAUGAAAAAACAAUUGAUAGCAAGCCAAUACCAGUUCGUCGUCGUUCGCUUGUACGUGAGUUUUGUUUAAUUACAUCAAUUCAUGGUUUGCCUGGCGCUGCCCGAAGUACAAAUAUAUUAAAUUUUAUCUUUUGGUCGUUAUCAUUCAUUUGUUUUAUGGGUUUUCUUGUUUAUUUUGUUGUUACAGCAAUUCAAGCCUAUUUCCAAUAUCCGACAAAAAUUGAUGUAACUUAUGAAAGACAAUAUCCACAAUAUUUUCCAGCCGUUAGUAUUUGUAAUGCUUCGCCAAUUCGUUAUGAUACAUUUAUUGGAGCCUUCUUGAAUUACACGUAUCCCAACAAUACCAAUAACAUAACGACAAUUUCUUCUAAUGACUUCAGUAAUGUUUUCAAUUUUUUAAUUGAUGCUACCAAUAAAAAUCAACUAUUAGAUUCAUAUUUCUUUUCCCUUACUUCAAUGUUGUAUUCAUGUACCUUCAAUUCUGUUCCAUGUUCAGCAGCAGAUUUUAUUUCAUUUACAUCACCAACAUACGGCCAAUGCUAUACAUUCAAUGCUAAAUUAAAAAAUAGCACGAAUAGCAACAUCCGCUAUACAAAUGAGAAUGGUGGUAUUGGUGUACUACAGUUAGAUCUUUAUGUACAUAGUCAUGAAUAUUUACCUUAUGUAAACGAUGGUGCUGGUGCUGUAAUUAUUGUUCAUGAUAAUACACAAGUACCAACCAUUGAUACAUCUGGAAUAUUUCUGGCACCAGGAAGAAAACAUAAAUUAGGCUACAAAAAGAAAGUUACUAGUUUUUUAUCUUCACCCUACACAGACUGUACGAGUAGUGUUUCGGAUUCUAUGAAAGUAGCACUUGAAAGUUAUAAUGGGGCUGAUUAUAUGUAUUCUGAAAAUCUCUGCUAUGAAAUUUGUCAACAAACAUAUGUUUAUCAGCAAUGUGGUUGUGUUAGCCCAUUUUUAUGGAAUAGUCGCUCGGUUAUUUUACCAGGAACAGAUACAAUUAUUGUCGCACCUCUUUGUAAUAUGAGUAACUUAUGUUUUUCUACAGCCACAAACACACUUUUGACUUCGAAUUCUCAAAUUGCUACAUAUUGUUCGGAUUGUUCACAACAAUGUUUAUUAACGAAUUUUAUUAUUGAAAUCUCAUCUUUAAAAACACCACUCGAAUGGCAAAUGAAUUAUAUCAAAGCGUUUGUUGAAAAUUCAACGGUAUCAUUGGCCUCUAAUUGGUCGACAGCAUGGCGUGAAUAUAUUUAUGAUAACUAUCUUUCAGUAGUUGUCGCACUUGAAACGAUUACUAUCGAAAAUAAUACACAAACAUCAGUGCUUGGUGUUGUUGAUAUUAUUUCCAAUAUCGGUGGUCAAUGUGGACUUUGGAUUGGUAUUAGUUUUCUCUCAAUAUUUGAGCUUAUCGAAAUGAUCUACAUACUGAUAAAACGUGAAUAUUAUUUAAUACAACAAUCAAGACAAAGAAAAGUGGAUGUUAGUGGUUAA